CCCCGACUCGCUCAGACCCGCCGCGCGCGGGCGACGUCAUCAGCCCGUCGCCCCGAAGGACGUCACCUCCCUCCGCCGAGGCUGGAAAGUUACCCGAGGGUAGGCGCAUGCUCCGUGAGGCCCUGUCGCGGUGCAUGCUGGGGGUUGGAGUUUCAGGGCCGGGUCGGUACCUGGGAGAGCGGCGCCAGCUCCAUCCCCCGAGCCUGUGGCGCGGGCCCCGUUCUGCCGCUGUGUUUCUCGGCGGAGCGGAGUGGGCCGCGGGGCCGGCGGGGGAUGCUCCUUCCCGGUUCCCGGCGGGACUGUGCGCGGCGGCCGGGAGCGGCGGGCGGCGGCGGCGGUUGGUGAAGGACAAUUGCAGCAAUGGACUGACUGGUAAAGAUGGAGAGAGGGAGAGGAGGAGGAGGAAGGAGUGUGGGGGGCUCUGGCCUGCACAGAAGCAUUUACUCCCAGUCUCAACAACAGUAUCAGUAUCCUGCCUCUUCUCAAGGGGGCUGCAUGGAGAUCCAGGAGCUAGCCUCCAAAAGGGUGGACAUCCAGAAAAAGCGAUUUUAUCUGGAUGUGAAGCAAAGUUCCCGAGGCCGCUUCCUGAAGAUAGCCGAGGUCUGGAUAGGAAGAGGCAGGCAGGAAAAUAUCAGGAAAAGCAAACUGACUCUCUCCUUGUCUGUGGCUGCUGAGCUGAAGGAUUAUCUGGGAGAUUUCAUAGAGCACUAUGCCCAUUUGGGCCUCAAAGGCAGCCAUAGUCAUAGACAUGAACACAGUAAUGGCAAAGAGCAAGAUUUGAGAAGGCGGCAACAGCAUCAUCUGCCUUCACCUCCAGCAUCUGUUGAAUCAGAAGAGCAUCCUCACAGUGUCCUGAAAACUGAGUAUAUAGAAAGAGACAACAGGAAGUAUUAUCUAGACCUGAAGGAGAAUCAACGUGGGCGUUUCUUAAGGAUUAGACAAACCAUGAUUAGAGGACCGGGUAUGAUAGGUUAUUUUGGCCACAAUUUGGGACAGGAACAGACUAUUGUCCUUCCAGCCCAAGGAAUGAUUGAAUUCAGGGAUGCUUUGGUCCAGCUAAUUGAAGAAUAUGGGGAGGGAGAUAUAGAAGAACGAAGAGGUGGGGGUGAUGAGCCCCUCGAACUCCCAGAAGGGACUUCCUUCAGGGUGGACAACAAGCGGUUCUACUUUGAUGUGGGAUCUAACAGGUAUGGCAUUUUUUUGAAGGUAAGUGAGGUGAGACCACCUUACCGUAACACCAUCACUGUCCCGUACAAAGCGUGGACAAGGUUUGGGGAAAACUUUAUCAAGUACGAAGAAGAAAUGAGGAGAAUUUACAACAGCCAUAAAGAGAAAAGAAUGGAUGUCACAGGUGACAGUGGUGAAGAGCAAGAGGGUCUGGAAUAGAGUGCAUUGAACUGGUCAUCAGGCAAAACAGAAGAACCUAAAUUGGCUAGAGGUAAUUGGAAUAUUUUGUAGUUUGAAGAAGUUGCCCCUCAUUUUAUGUAAGUCUUUUUCCUGUUGUUAGUGAUAACUCAAGUAUAUAAUACGUCUGAAGUCUGGUUAUGUUAAAUGACAUAUUCUUAGGGAAAUAUUAGCCUCCCAAAUCUAAAUGAAUCAGCUGUUCCAAGUGUUGAAGACUGUGAAAGUAUGCGUAUCAGCACAAAAAUCUGACAUUCUGACCUUUAAAUAGUCUAGGUUAGGCUUGUGUUGCACUCAAACAUGAUACAAAAAAGCCAGACGUACCUUAUGAUGAAAAGUAUUGGUUUCUGCUUAUGACAGGUUUUCCAGAAUUGAAUAUUGUCCAUGCUGAGUUAAAAUCUGAAAAGCGUAACUACAGGUCAUUUACCACAAAAAUUGACUUUGUAUGCAUUUUAUCUACUUGUAUGAGGAAAGGUAGAAAUUUUAAAUCAGUGUUCGCUAGUUACUGAAUUUUAAGCAAUGUUCUUUAUGGGUAAAAUCUCGAUAGCAGGUCAAGCCUUUAUAAAGGAUUGUCAAAGAGUGGAAUAUUAAUUUCUUAGCUUAAUAAUUCUGUGGUAACCAAAUAAUUCGAGUGCCACAGAAAAGCAAAGCUGUGUUUGAAUUGUGAUGGGUUAUCCCAAAUUAAUGAAAAUAAUCCAUUCUUCAUCUACACAUUACAUCAUGUAACGUUGAGGAUUUUUUAAUGUGUUCUCAAAAUUUCAAAAACUAUUUUUAUAUUGUUGGUGGUUUGGGGGGCUCUAGCAAGGAGCUGGGAAGUGGGCAUUUUGGUGGCUGAAUGAUUGUUGCAAGUGGGUUUCCAGGGUUUUCUUCCAAUUGUAUGAGUAACGUACUUGGUGUGAUGUUAAAAGUAUGAGGAUAACUUCUGGUUUUGUCCUUCUACUUUGAGGAAAAAUCUUUGGGAGAUUUUGGUGCACCACUUAAUUGGUAUAAAAAUGCUACUCUAAUUUCAUACUUAUUGGUAGUGCAUUUACAAUACUAUGGCUAAAGCUGUGUCAGCAUUUCCAGUAUAAAUUUAUUAUUUUUAUAAAUUUUAGUAUUCCAAGAUAAUAUCUAUGCCCCCACCUCCAUCACUCCUUCCCCACCAUGUUAAAACUGGGGCCAUGAUCCUGCAAUUUGAUUCAUGUGGGCAGACUGUUAGGCCUGCGUGAAGUCCCCUUGAAGACUAUAGAGCUACAACUUCCCCCAGGUUCCUGCCUUGAAAUCCAAAUACUCCGCCUGGAGGGGAAAUGUGUAGCAUUAUCUGUUCAGGAGGGUUGAGUUAGAAAGGGGACGUAGAAUAUUCUAAAUGCUUUUGGAUCUCAAAGCAAAAACCGAUUUAUUUUUAUGAAGAAAUUUGUCAGCAUUUAGGGGCCAGUUCAUCUCUCAUUAAAUCAAUGAGAGUUGGAUUGGGCUAUAAAUCCCUUGCUUAGAGACUCCAUUUUGCCUACCUUUUUUAUGUGUUUUUUUUUUAAGUGCUACUGUAUACAUACAGAAAUUUAUCACCACCCAAAUCAUGUUUUUAAUCAAGUAGUUGAGUGUGCAUGAGGGCCAGCUAUCUUUUAAUCCAAACAGUAAAUUUUAAUCUGUUUAAACACACUUAUCUGCAACCAAAAUUGUCCCCAGUCUUAAUUUUAAUCUGCCUGCACGCUUAAAGGCCACACUAAAUUCAAACACCUUAUCAUGUCUCUGAUCUGAUACCCCAUUAGUAAUAUCAAGAAGGACUGUAUGUGGGGAUUAAGCGAAUAAUCUGGCCUUUAGUUUGGGUGAUAAAAAUGAUGAAACUACAAAAAAGCUUGCACCAAAGUCACCAAAGAACUAUUAGGAACAUGUUACGCCUGUGACAGAAAAGAACAGAUGUAAAGAAGUUAAUUUCACUGUUUUAGGUGAUUCCCUUAGAGUUAACAACCAGUUGGCCUAGUGUCAAAAAAAAUACCAUAAACUAAUCACUAAUGUAUUGAUUGCUGUUUCAGAUAUUUUCUAAUCCAAAGCAAAAUUUUCUUAUUUGGUCACUUGAAUGCUAAUGGGCCGUUUGGGCCAUGACCAAGCAAUUGAAGGUUAUAACCUUAGUCCUAGGGCUAAACGUUCCAGUUGGAUAGUGAAGUACUAAAAAAGAAAAAAAAGUUUUUAAGAAGUAACAAAUCAUAGUAAAAUAACAAUUUAUACUAUUGUUGGCUUGAUAGCAGAAUAUUCAUGAGUGAAUCAUCAAUGCCUAAGUUACCAUCUCACUAAUUGCUGCUGUCCAUCACAGUGCCUAAAGUAAUGAUGAACUUGUCAAAGCUUCCAGCAAUCUGGGGUUAUGAAUGUAAGAACUUUUUAUGCUCACUUCUCUCCUUGUGCCCCAUCUUCACAUGGAUUUUUCCCUCUACACUCAGCAUCUUCCAGUCUAAAAUAAUGUUUGCACCACUCGAUAUUAAAAGCUCAUUUGUUGGAAUUAUUCCUACGUAAUAUGUGCAAUGCAGGUAAUCUUGCAUUCCAUGUGUUCCUUCGCUCUUAAUGGAAAAAAAUAUUUUAAUUGUGCGAGUAAUUAGUAAUUUAAAAAAUACAUUUCCUUCACAAAAAGAAAAGGAGUACUUGUGGCACCUUAGAGACUAACCAAUUUAUUUGAGCAUAAGCUUUCGUGAGCUACUGCUCAUUUCAUCGGAUGCAGGUUUUAAAAAACAAACAGGUGCAAAGUGGCAUUGUUAUUGCUAUCAAGUUGCCAUUUUGGAGAAUUAGAGCCAGACUACGUCUUAGCUAUUGAAAGUGCUCCAGUGAAGAUGUAGACCGGUAUCAGUUUGCAUCACUGCUUCUUAAUUAGGUUUCCAGUAUUUAUUAAUUGGCCUUCAGAAAUGCAUUGAUGUAUUGUAACUGUUACCCCAGGAAGUCAGUAUCUGCUGGCUGUUGAACAAGCUCAAUGCUCAGCUCUGAUACACAGGUAAGUGUUGCCUUGUGUUUUGUAAAAUCAGCUAAUGCACUUACUCUCACAUGGUGAUACGCACCUGAGUAUCUGGGACUACACUUGAGCCAGCCAUCUACAGUUAAAGCACUGACUACUGGUUUUCCAUAGAAAUGUAAAGCACUGAUGUUUGCAAAUAUUAUGAUCCAAGCAUAACACUAACAAACACAAAAUAUAGCAAUGCAAACUUAAAAUGCUUACAUUUGGAAACGGGUUCCUCAUUAUUUUUGGCAGUGUGUUCCCAGCUUUUGAGAGCAGCAGUAUUAUGCUGCUUAUGUGCAGAAAGGCCCAUUAGAACACAAAGGAAUAUUGAAUUCCCAGUGCAUUCUAAAUAGAUUGUCAUUCUUUAAGCCCUAAAACUGCCUGACCCUUAAACUUGAGAAAAACACAAGCUUGUUUGCACUAAAGAGCAUGGCCAAAAACAAUUCUAAGAGGACAGGGUGAAAAGCAUCAGUCUGAAUCUCUUGAAUUAAUAGGUUCUCAUGAGAGAAUUUUACAUUAAAACCCUCACCUCUGUUUUAAAGCUGUGUGGUGCAGGCAGAAAGUCUGUCAGUUCUAUAAUUAAAUAAUAAUGCACUUUAUAUUUUGUAAAUAACAGAAGCACAUUUCUGCUAUUAGCUUUGUAGGAUGUGCUUCAGUAAUAGCCUAAAUCUGUAAGGGGUGGUCUCCUGCAUGCACGUCUGUCAGAGCUCUGUUGUAAUCACUUGAUCCAGUUCCAUUGUUAUGGUAGAGAAAGCAGGAGCUAUUAAAAAUCCUUUAAAAACCACAAGUCUGAUUUUCCUCUCCCCCACCCCCGAGGUAGCACCCACAAAUCCCAUUAAUUUUAUUUGGAGUUGUGGGUGCUCAGCAUCUCUGAAAAAUCAGCCUCCAAACAUUUUGUAAUGAAUGUAUAGAUAUGUUUUGUAUUCAUAAUCUUUAUAGAGCUGGGUUCAGUAACUCCAUCUCACUUAGCUUUCUGUGACACUUUGCUGUCACAGAAGCCCUCAUAAUCCCAGAAAUGUUGAUUUGGAGUAGUGAGGGGGAUUGGGUGGGCUUCUGUGGUAUUGAAACUAGCCAGUUUGUAUUGACUCCAGCCAUAGCGUAUAAACUUUCUUUCUUGUUAAAGUACAAAUUUUAUAGUAUGUUGUUGGUUGUAAUAGUGCUAUGAGAGAGUUGGAAAGUUACCUGCACUAGAAUGGUAAGGUUCACCACCAUGCCACUGUGUAGGACAUCUCACCAACUGUGACCAAAUAGACUGUUAUGUUCUCUGAAUUUCAUGAAGUUUGACAAAAAAAAAAUUCUUGAUUAGGGACUUUCAGAAGCAGCAACAUUUACUCCUGCAUCUAAGAGAGUGGGGAAACUAUUUUAAUGCAACAAAACUUGAAAAUUCUGUAAACUGCAUCUCAAAUGCAAAUACAUGUUUAAUACAAAUAUCAGUGAUAUGUGUGUACUUUAUCCAGAAAGAAACUUUGCUUCAAUGUAUUAGCAAUCUACUCUUUAUCAUAAGUGCUUCAUAUGUGUAUUUAAUAUGUAUAAAUCCAAUAUGUGUAUAUUGUAAAUCCACAGUAGCUCAAAGUGAAAUAAUAUAUUUAUCUGAAGUGCACAGUUUAAAAAAACUUAAAAAUCAGUUUCUGCCUGGAACACAGUUUGGUUAAAUGUGUUAUUUCACUGAGAGCUGUUACAUAUAUUAUUUAUUGCAUCCCUUUUAAGAUUUCUGCAUUUAAAUGUUUUGAUGUAUUAUUUAUUUAGAGUUUGGUGGAGAAGGGGAUGGUAUAUGACUCUCAGUAGAGCUGAAGGAAAAAUAGGAGAAAAAAAAAACUUAUUUCAAGGUGUCUCAUGUGAAAUAAGUAGUCUUAGGCUUUACUGGCAGCUUUGUAUGCAGGUUUACUGUUAGCUGCCAUAGUGUUUCAAAUCUGUCUUUAAAUCCCCAAAUGCUCCAAAUCUUUAGGUAGGAUAAAUGUAAAAUCCCAAAUACACUGCUAGAAGAGUUUAGAACUGGUUUGUUUGUAUAAAGCUCAAACAAAAUUACCAAAAACAAUUUUAAUAUACUUUUUCUGCUAAAUGUAUUUUAGUCAAAUGGCUGCAUCCUUUUUCUUCAGUGACCUAUUAAAAUGACUUAAACUCUAUGGGGAGGAGAAUUAAGAGAACUGUUGCUUGCUUGACCGACAACCCUUUUAACCAAAAUUGUAGUAAUUUUGUGCAGUGGAAAUGCAUUUAUUUUGUUGGUUGGUUUUACUGUACAGGGUUUUCACAGUGUGGAAAACGAGUUAGUAAGCAGGCUAUAGUCCCAUUGCAACGGUACAUAUAUAUGUUUCCUGUAAAUACAAUAUAUGUGGAAUCUACAAAAUAAGUCCUAAAAAAACUAUACAUCUUGCAUUUUAUUUUCUAUGCUAUUUCCUCUAAGGUGAAAAUAUCUUAAUCCUUCUGUGUCAUGGCUUUUAAAAAUCACUUUGUCUUUCCUAUAUGAUUUUUAAUAAUUCAGAUUUGGAACAUUUUCUUUAGUUAUAUGAAUGAAAAAGUACACUACAUUUAAAAUGCCAGCCACAAACAACUUGAGGUAUUUUCUUAUACAUGCCUGCUGUCAACAGAAAUCCUAGAAUGAAUUACAGCAAAGUACUUAUGGAUCAAGUAUAUGUGUGCAUGUAUUUGUAAUAGUGUACAUGUCAAAUACAUGGAUAGGCAUAUUCACAAUUUUAAAUACAAAUGAAGUUCUAGUCCUGCAACUUUUGCUGAAGCUGACAUAAUCCCAAUGCAAGUAGUCACAUGACUAAAGAUUGCAGAAUAGGGUCCAUAACAUAAUUAUUUUUGAUGGUAGCUCUUUUGCUUUUAAGUUUUGUCCCAUAUCCUGAUCCCAUUGAGGCAGAUGGGAAUUUUUCUAGUGACUUCAGUGGGAACAGGAUUGGGCCAAUUUCUGAAUACCGUCCUUAUGUGCAGCUGGGUACUACAGUGUCAAAAAGUUAUAUUUGAAUUUGGAGACCUUAAUCUGCAGUUAUAGUUGUACUGCAUAUUCUCAAUUCAGUAAUGGAUAUAGCUAUUUUACAUUAUUGAUACUAUCCAAGGAAGUCUCUUGUGUUGACCCAUUGUCCUUUUGCUUUCAUCUGGAAUCAUUAAAAUUUUAUUGUACUGCUACAAAAAAUGAAAAGUAAGCAAGUAUGAUUAUCGGACGGUAGCAUAAGAUUUAUUCAUUAGAUUUUGUUUGUUUGUUUAUAGAACCAAAACCUACAUCUGACUACUAUUUUUGUAAAGGUUAUUGAUUUCUCUUUACAUGGCAAAUGCUUGCAGUUCAUUAUUAUGUUAGUAGUCUAUUAGCACUAUUAAAUCCUAGUUUCUGACUUUGUUUAUAAUAUAAAAUCUUGCAUAAUGAUGGCAGAAUUUGUGGAGUCACAGAAUAAAAGCAUCCAUGUUAAGAGACAAGGCAUUCCUGGAAUCAGGUAUUUUGAAAUAUUAAAAACAGGCUUUUAGCCCAGCUGUUUUUAAAAAAAAAAAAAAAUACAAAUCUGUGGAAGCUCUAAAUGUUGGUGACAGCCUAUUAAAUAUUGUGGGAUUAAUAACUCUCACUAUAACAAAGUGCUUUUCAUGAAAAUCUUAUCACACCUGAGAUCUGUGUACCACCUGUAUUUAUACAUAUACAGGAAAGUAGUAUUUUCAAAAUAUCAAGACCUAGCAAACUUUUAUCACUGGAGUUUAUGGGUUGCCAAGUUUGGUUGGACGUAUUCCUGGAGGUUUCAUCACAUGACAUAAUGAGACCCCAGGACAAUCCUGGAGGGUUGACAACCCUGCUGGAGUUCCAUUGUUUGUUAUCCUGAAGUUCCAUCUUUUGGCAUAACUCGAACACUUAACAAGUAAAAUUUUUGGUAAACUACAAAAACUGUUAAAUUAAACAUAAUGUAGCUGAAAGGUUAUGUUUCUGAUAGAAUUCUACUUAAUGAAAUGGUGCAGCUUCUGGAAUAGAAUGAAAUAGCCAGCUGAACGAAUAACGAUGGAGACAUCCUGGCCCUAAUGAAGUCAAUGGGAGUUUUUGCCACUGAUAUCAGUGGGGCCAGGAUUUUACCCAGAAUCAACAAUUUGAGGUUCAAAUACCGUCUAGUUAAUGGGCAUAACAAAGGUCAUCAGUGCCCAGCUGAGGCAAACAUUUAGCCAUGGAGUCAAGUAACAUUGAAAGCAUUUUCUUAUCUUGUGCUAUGCAUCAUGUUUAGGGUAUCAUAGUUUCUUUAUGUAAGAGGAUGUGCCUGGCUGAGUUCAUAAGAGGUUCUAAAUUAAAUCAGUGUUUUAAAAAAUGCUAAAAAAAGCCUCAGCAUCAAUAACAGCUGGUUUUCUAAGAAUAUCAAAGCAUCAGUUUGAAGCAUUGAGAACACUUUGAUGUAAACACAGCAUUUCAGUGGUUAAUACAAUUAAAUAGUUGUACCAAGCACUGUUUAAUAAUUUUAAGCAUAUGGCCAAAGCCUGGCAUGUGUUUUAAUUUGUUAGAAUCAAGACUUUUUUACAGUAAGUUUAUUUCUUACCUUUUCAGCCCUUUCUUGUCUGUUGUAUGAUACACAUUCUUAUUCCUUUUUCCUGUUUGACAGGCUUCUUUCUGAUGGAAACUGGGAGUUGUGAAAUCACCCUAGAAAGAUGCCCCUUUAAGCUUUUGCAAAUACAUCGGUUUUAAAAAUGUAUCAGACCUCUCCUACAUUGCCUGUAUUUAAUAUUAAACUCAGAAAAUCAUGCAGCUCAUGUAUUUGGGUUGUUAAUUUAAGUACUGCCAAUUAAAUUGGCUUCUUAAUCACUGGGUGAAAUUCACCCAGUGGGUAGAGGGAUGUUUCAUGGCAUAAGUAUGUGAAUUUCAACCUGUGCGCCAUAUGGAUCACAAACAAGAUAAUUUUUAAAUGGAUAGAUUCGUCCAAGAGAGGAAGAGAAGUGUAUAUCAGUUACUCUAAGACUUCUGACUUUGAAGCUUUCCACCCCUCUACCCCCGCCCCCAUAACAUUUAUAAAAUACACAAACACACCAGAGGGGGGCAGGGAAAGAGUGUGUGUGAGAUUGGGAGGGCAGGAUGUUAACAAUAUGUCAGUAUUCAAUAGUAUGCUAAAAAGUCUAGCAAGUAGAUUUUUUUUAAUUAAAUUAGGUAUGUUCGUACAUAUUGCAAAUAGCAAGCUUUGCUUUAAUAUGAAAACAUUUAAUUAAUGCAAAAAAUGUAUUUACACUCAGAAUGGUGGGACAACAGGAUCUCUAUAACUGAUUGAUUAAAAUAUCAAGCAAUAUAUGGACUCAGUAUUUGGGGUCAACCUUAAACCCACACAAAUACUCCUCAAGUUACAUUCUUAAUACAUUCUGUUGGAGAGGAGCAGAGGGGGACAGGAACAGAAGCGGCCUGCUGGGGAAUGGGAGGGGUAGGAGAAGAAGGAUCAGUGACCACUAGACCACACUCUCUCUUAAACUUGGAAUUUGAACCCAGCAUUCCUGAGUCUUAGCAUUCUUCUAUCAUUAAACAGUUAUAUAACCCAUUGCAAAGUGUGUGUCUCAUUCCCCUCUAAUGCUGUAGUCCACAUAGAGGAUAACAGCCUACUACUGCUGCCAGUUACUCCAUUAGCCCAAGUGGUGAAGGUCUGUGUGAUGGAUUUAAAAGUCCCAGCCCUGCUACUGACCCAAGCUGGGGGGGUCAAUAAGGUUCCAAAAGAUGGAAUUUGUUGGUUAUUUAAAAAAAAAAAUUAGGCAAUUCCAUUUUUAAAAAGAUCUACGUUACAAGAAUGUUAAGAGUGCAAAAUCAAGUACUCAAAAGUUAAGAAAUGCCAGAAUUAAGGUUGCACAUGCUAGUUGGUACUCUUGUGUGUUUACAUUUUAAUUACAUGAUCAUAUACAUUUGUUUCAAUUGGACCCCUGCUUCAUUCAGUGCACAAGAUGGACUGUGAACAGGGAAUGAAUCAGGGUUUUGCAGUGAAGGAGAAUGUUGUCUGUAGGACCAAUGCCUCAUUUGUUGCAGAAGUUGGAAGAUGUGUAGUGAGUGAGGCAGAGGAUUUCAGGAAGAAAAAGGAUGGUCUUAUGGUUAAGCCCUGGAGGAUUGGUGUCUAUCCCUGCCUCUGCCAGAGAGUUUCUGUGCGAUUCUGUGUAAGUCACUUAUGCUAAACUUUUCACAGGUGGUCCUUAACUGUGUUCACCAUUCUCAGGGUGCCCACUGAGAGACACCUGGGGCCUGAUUUGUGGAAGUGCUGAGCACUGCUGCAACUGAGGUCAAUGGGACUUGUAUUCUGAACAUAUAAAGUGCUAUAACAUUUACAUCUUCUGAAACAUUAAUAAGAAUCUCAAGUUGGAUACUUAAAAUUAAUGAACACCUGACAAUUUUGGCUUUAUUCUGUCUGUGUCUCAAUUAUCCUUUCGUAAAAUGGGAAAAAAAAUCUUCCUGCCUCACAGAGGUGUUGUGAAGAUAAAUUCAUUAAUGUUUGCAGAGUACUCAGAUACUACUGUGAUAAGUGCCAGGGAAAAUUCCAAGAGGAAUUUAUUAAUUCUGUAUUCAUUGCAGGGUUAGAAUGUAUGCAAUAAAUUAGGUGUGGAGUCAUACAUGGAAUGAUGAGUAUAAAAACAAUAGCUACCUCAUUUCCAGAGCAUGCUGUGCACUGAAUGAAGAAGAGCUUCUUUGGGGGGAAAAUAGUCUGAGAUUAUGAAUUAAAGACUGCAUUCUACUGACUGUGCACAAGAGGGCUGAGUUAAGGUUGCUCAGGCUACCUUAAUUCUGGUAUUUCCUAGAUUUUGAGCACUUGACUGUUCAACAUUAAUGUUCUUUUAACUGCCAAUUUUAUUCUGAGGAAUACAAACCUCAGCCAGAAAAUGGUGCUUUUUAACAGUGUAGAUCUCUUAACAUAACUUAAUAGGACAAAGAAAAGGCACUUCUCUAGCCUAAGGGUGUUCCCUGGCUGAAUUUCAAAGACCUGCUGCAAACAAUGGAGGUGUGAGAACCUCUCAAAAAAGGUGACGAGAAUCUCUUAUAAUGGAAGGUGUUAGGCAAGCUAAUUAUAUGGGUCCAGCUUCUUUUAUUAUAAUGCACAAAGAAGGUUGUAGUUUUCCUAGCUGUUUCUCCUCCCCAUGCUUUUCAGACAUGAAGUAUUUAAUUUACCAUGCUGUCUUACGGGUGUCGAAAUGUUUUCACUUAACCCCAUUUUUAACUAUUUGAAGCUCAUACAGAUUGUGCCAGCAUUCGUGAGCUCAAGCUACAUUGCCAUGUUAUCUGUAUGCUCUCCUCCUCAAACAGUGAAAGUCUUGUGUGAACCAGGAGUAUUUCAUGUGGUGAAAAAAUUUAUUCCUGUACAUCAGCCUUUCCAAAUUCCACUAAUGAAGGACAUGGCAAUGAUCUGACUGCAGAAAUAAUUAGGUUGGAUAAACUGUAUUUUCAAGACAUCACAGAAUUUCUCCAGCAUAUAAAGGAAGGUAGAGGGUAAAAUGUUUGUGUCAAUGCAAUUUCUAGGGAGAAUGUAAAGAUUUGUGUGAGGAUUUUUUUUUUAAAUCUAGACCUCCUCAUGUAUGCCAAAACCUUCUAGAUUAUUUAGACUGAGGAGUAAACUAUACAGUAAUUUAGUAAUCUGAAGGGCAAAAAAGGUUCAUACUUGGGCAAGAUGGUGGCUGCAACUCUUGAGUUUUCAUGCAGGUUUGGAAGAAGCUAAUACUGCUGUUGAAAAGAUUAGCCUGUUGUUUUCUUGUCUCAGCUGGCUUUUGUUGACAGACUUGCUUGCUGGCUAGAAGCAGGUUGCUUGUAGGUGUUAAAUCUUAGAGGUCACAAGAUGUUGGAUUAUCACCCUUUUGUGGCCAGGCCUGGGGAUGGAGAAAUCACAGGCUUUCUUGUCGAGAGUGGUGGCAUCACAUUGCCCAUAAUCUAGAAGCAACAAUUGCACAUUUUCCCCCUCAUUUUUAAUGAUGAUGGCCUGGCUAGCUUCUCCCCAUAUACCUACUCUUCAGGAAUUCAUUGGCAACUUGUAAUGGGGCACUUCCCCUCUCGUGUUACUUGCAUCAUCCAUUGGUUUUUGGUUAGAUCAGUUUUAUGAAGUGAAGAAUCUCCCCAUUUCAGUUAACUGUUGGCCUGAAAAUUCUGCAAGGUCAGUAGAGCUGCCAAUGUGUGGCCAAUCAAUGACUCGGCAGAGCCACAAACUCUUCCCUUGAAUCUGCACCAUUAAGGUCAUGGGGAGCUUUGCCAUUGAUUUCAAUGGGCAUAGGAGCCAAGCCCAUUCUGAGAUACAGACAGACUGAGUCCAUUCGCAUCAGCUGUUCUUGGUCAUGAGAUCCACCAAGAUCCUUUUUUAGUACCAUCUUGCAAAAAUGUAUUUAAAAUUUUUCAAAAAUAACUAAGAAAAAUACAAAGCUAGUAUAAAAGUUAAAACUGAAGCAUUCACUUCUGAGACCCCCAGCUUGCAUUCACCCCGAAACAAAUUUCAGACUUCUCUAGUUUCACAGCUGCUGGUCUUAAGAGAAAAAAGUUCCCAAGCAGACAACAUUAGCUAAUUCAGCUCUUCCAUGUUCUGCUGGUAUGAUCUAUAGAAACAGUAUAAAAAUAAACAUAAAAAUAGUCAUCCCAACUUAAUAAAAGCCUUGCUUUAAGACAAAGGGAAAAAGCUGCGGUCUUGGACCCUAAAUAUUCACAAUUUUAGGUUCAGUUUUUAUGUAGGUGUAUUAGGUCUGCAUACUGUGUGUUCAUGGUCUAUCUUACUAUGGUUUCAUUUUGCAGCAUGUUUCAUGUGUAACCCAGAAUAGCCAGCAGUUGAUUGAAAAACAUGGUUGUGUGGGGGUGGUUAUGCCAAGCAGACCCACUCUUUGUAACUAUUUUUGGGGAAACGCUGCCUUUAAUGACCUCUUUGGAGAUAGUCUUUUGUGUGCAGAGCUCCAUACAAUUUCAUCUCAAAUAACUUACAUCUAACACUUUUCUCUGCCUGUUGUAGUUUGAUUUGUGCAUUUUUGUUGUUGUUGUUAUUCCCUCAAGCAUAAUCAUCUGUCUUUGAGUUGCUUGCAGUUAAGAAUGUGGUAUCUUGAUUGUCAGGAGCCUUAAAAGGGCAUCUAACAUUAAACCAACGUUUUUGAUAGGGGGAAAAAAUUGUUUACUGAUCUGUCAGGAAAGAAUGAUUUUUCUUUAAGAAUAUUGUUGUAACUAAUUCAGCAUUUUCAAAGUGACCACACUACAGGCUGAUCUGAUUGAAAAUUGGAAGCAAUACACAUUGAACUCAUUGGAUGAAAUCCUGACUCUCACAUAAGUUGAUGGAGUUUUGACGUAGGCUUCAGUGUGGCCAGGAUUUCACCCAUUAGCUUUCCAACUUUAUAGUUGAGCCUCUGCUUCUUCCAAAAGACUGCUUUAGGCAACUCUUGCUGGGUCUCAAGUGAUACACUGUGUUAUGCUGCUUGUUCAAAAAGUGUUUGAAGUGCCCAUCCAAUGAGGUGAUGAAAUUUUUUAUUUGAACCGUGGGGGCAAUUUUUUUGUUUAUGGUUUUGGUUUUUUGGUGCUGGCUGUAAUUCAACCUCCCAGAACAUCUAACUGUGUUGAAAAGUUGAUUGGAUUCUCCUCAGUCAAAUUUUCAUCCAGUCUGUGUAAAGCAAGGUAAUGUGAUAAUGUAAUGUAAAUAAAAUUAGAUAAAAUUUUCCUUCUAUUUGAUACUGCCCUCAUCACCAUAAUAUUUGAGUGCCUUUCAGACAUGCAUUUAGGCAUGUGACUGCAUCUGUCACAUGAGGAUUGUUCAUAGAAUAUCAGGGUUGGAAGGGACCUCGGGAGAUCAUCAUCUAGUCCAACCCCAUGCUCAAAGCAGGACCAAUCCCCAACUUUCUCUUAUCCUGUCCCCGACUGUAUGUGCAAUAUAAUGUUUUGUAUUUUUAAUGUACACACAGUAACCUAGAUAUUUAUAUCAGAGAAGGUAGGAUGAAGAAGUGCACCUUACAGUAGUAGUGUAGGUGGUGAGGUUUAUGGUACCUGCUGGGGAAUUUUAUUCCACAGCCUGGGAAUGGCCCCAAGAAAGCUCUGUCUCCUGCACUGAUGAGCUUCAUUCACCCUGACAGCUCCAUUGUGUCUGAGGAGUGGAAUGUGCUUCUGAAACUUUCACCAGUUCAAACAUUCCAUAGAAGACGGUCUCAGUUAAAUUGAAAAGGUUUGCACACCACUAUUAGCUUCAGCAGUCAGCCUCUGCUAUAAGGUGACAUCUGAUUGUACAGCUCUUCUCUACUCUGUCUGCAGCAGCACUUAGAUUCCUUAGCUUGCCACUCGUGUUCAAUGAGCUGUUCUCAUUUAUCUUCUAAUCUCCUAAUGCAUUACUUGUUAAAAAUAGGCUUCUCUUCAAGUUCCAGUGGACUAUUCACCUGUUUGCAGAUUAGACACAUCAGUUUAUUUGUUUUGUACAAGAAGUCACAGAUUUUCCAUUUUGGAAUUUAGUCAGAUGAAGAGGGAUUCACCUACUAAAAAUUAAGGCACACAAAGGAACCUUGUUUCAAUGUAUACUUGUUAACAAAAUAGACCUGUUUAAAAUAAUUUGUUUUCAGUGCAUCAAAAAAAGCUACAAUAAUAUAACAAAAUAUUUUUAAAUGAGGCCCUGAUUUCCCCCCCCCCAAAAAAAGGGUGAAUUUGUUUUUAAAGGAAAUUCAUUGCAUUAAAGUAAAAUGACUGAGUAAUUCUGAGUGUAGCAAACCAAGACAUUUAACUAAAUUGUUCUCUUUUAAUACUGUGCCCAUAAAAAUGUUAACUUUUUAAAUGGAUAAAAUUGUUGCACCAAGUUUUCUCUUGUUUUGAAUCCUGUUGUUAGUACACGGACCAUAAUUAUAUAAAAAUGUCUUGACUAGCUAAAUGAAAAUUCCUGAACUAUUCCAACAUGGAAAAGGAAACAUUAAAUUUUAGAAACACUUAAUAAAAUACAAAAAAAAUCCUUUGAAGGAGAUAAAGGAGAAACAAGAAAGGUGCCUUAGAAAAAGCCUUUUUUUUUUUUCUUUCUUCUUUGUUCCAAUCACCAUGCUGAUGGAAGUAGCUCAUUUCUAUAGCUGCUAACAGUUAGAUUUAUAUAUAUAUAUAAAAAAAUAAAGAAACGCAUAUUUCAUUUGAGUGGUUCAAUGUUCCAGUUAGGAGUUAGACUUUCUGUAAAUGCCUAAACCUGACUUAGAAAUCAACACUUUAAAGAGAAGUUACAGUUCCUUGAAAAUCAGUCCUUUGUAGUUGUCAUAGUACUCGUCUUUCCUUUCUUGGGUAGGACCAGAGUGCAUUUUUGUUAGGGCUAAAAAAAAUGAACUAAGUGUUAGUGCUCUUUGUAUGCCUAAUGAAUUCUCCAAAGUCCUGGUUGGGGUUAGAACUGCAGUUUCACUUGCUCCAUUUGGUGGUCUUUGCAAUGCCUAAGACAGUGUUCUGAGACAUGUACCUCCAAAGUCAGCUAUUCUUGAGUCUUGCUAGGAAAAAUUGUCUGUUUGCAGAUUCACUUCUCACCAAUAACUUGGCAAGAUUUUGACCUGUUGUCUUCCAGUGAAAGGAGCUGGCUUUUGGAAUGUUUGUUCUUCAGAGGAACACCUGUGUUUCUCCCUUAAAAGUGUGUGUCUCAAGUUGUUGAUUUGUGACUGGCAGUGGCUGUUGAGACACCUUUCUGUUGUGUUUGUCUUAGUGAUUUCAGUACUGUAGUGCUGCCUUUUGGGUAGGUUACCUGAUGAGUUUAUACAUUUUGUGUGUUCACUUGAUUCAGCACUUGUAGAGAAAUUGCUAGUGGAGUGUAAAUAUAGUCUAAAACUGACAUUAAUUUAUGGUCUUCAUUCUUAAUAAAAACAUAAAAUGCUUUAAGAUCAUCAGGUGAAAGUCACUAUAAGUACAAAGUACUGAUAUCAUUUAGCUGCCACCAGGCACCUCAAGAAUGUCUCCUAGCAUUGGAGGCAAAUCUAAAUGUCUAGCAACAAAAGUCUAUCUAUAGAAAAGACCAGAGAAUGUGUACAAGAACUGAGAAUAUAUUUUUCAGCCUGAGACUGCUCUGACUGAGAUGAGAUGCACUUACAGGAAGUAUUUUAUGCCUGCUAUCAGAAAUAGUGAGAAUGAAGGCUCUGAACUUGGGAGAAAAUGCACUUCAAGUGUGCUUGGAUGAUUGCUGUGACUUGGAGUCACCAUUGCCUCAGACCAUACAGCAGUAGUGAUGGUUGGUAGAGUCCACAGAGCCACGUAGAAAUAAUGAUACCUGGGUUCCAGUGGUUGAAUCUGUCCUUCAGAUAGUAGGUAGGUCCUUGGGCUUUGACCAAGACAGACAUGCUUACAAAGUCAAGGAGGCAUUAACCUAAAUAGGACUGUUCCAUCAACUUUGUAAAUAAGUUAUUUAAUCACUGCACUAACGUUCCUGUGUGUGUUCAAGAUAUGAAGGUGAAUAUUGGGUAUCCUCAUGGCAGAAGCUUGUGUGCUGUUAUUGCCUCUUCCAGUGGUUCACAGACAGCCCAGGGGUGAAUGGAAAGACAUUGUUUUCAGUGCUGUGAGUGCCUUCUGCUAUUCUUUUCUGCAGAACUACUGGAAAGAUUCAUUUUUCAUCCAUUACUGAUUUUUCUGAACCAUGUACAAAAAUGGCCAUUUUUUAAAUUUUUUUUGGCCUGCAUGACGGUUAUAUUUGUAUAGCUAUAAAAUGCUACAUUUGUCACGUAGUAUUUAAACUUUGCUGAAAAUAAAAAUGAAAAAAUUAUAUGCCAACUUUAGAAUUUUACUUAUUUUUAUGUAUAGCUGGCACUUGCUUAUUAAGCACAUCUAAAAGUAAUUUUCUUAUGCACAUUUUAUUUUUUUAUUCUCUAAACUUAAAUUCUGAAUGUCAAAGUGAUACAUUGUAGCGAUGCUAAAUGUUGCAUUUGACCACGAGCAUCAGUUGAAUCAAACAUAUUUGAUUUACCCUACUUGAAGUUGAAAAGGUUCGAAAGUUCAGAGACAAAGUAUACCCUCGAGUACAGUCAUUCAGGAUCAUGAAGCAUUGCCAUUCUGAAGAUGGAUUAAGCGCUCAAUCCCGCAAGCCCUCUGCCUGUAGAAGUGCUAAUGAAAUCUAUGGUGAAGGUUUGCAGGAUUGGGGCCAAGUUCAAUUGCUGUAAUGACUGCAUCAAGGCACAGAGAUUUACAUUUUGUAAAUAAACUUCUUCAAACAGAAAACUGCUAGGACUAGAAAGGAUGGAUAAUUACCUCUUCAUGUGACAUCCUUACACUACAAGAAACGUUUUCCAUUGCAGUAAAUUGCAUGUAAUUAAAAUGGCCCCAUAAUCACUUAUAAGCUUAUGUCUUACAUUUUUACUAUGUCCUUCAUGCAGAAAGAUCUUAAAUCCCUGUACACUCUACAAUAUGCCUUAUGUAGGAAUCACUUUCCUCACCACUGAAACGCAACAUUUACUGAUGGAAUGAAAAAUUGAGUGAUGUAGUCUGGUCCUGUGAAAAGCUUCUGUAACAAAGGUAACAUGUUGCUGUUAAAAUUGUUUAGUUUAUUCCUGCUUUUGAGGACUGAAAAGGUUGUCUGAAUGGCUGAUAAAAUUGUCAGUUGAUGCAUGAUUUUACUACUUUCUAUAAAAAUUAGCUCAGAGUAGAACUCAAGUUGAAAAUGGAUUUUAAGUGAUUUUGUUAGCACUUAACUACUACAUCAAUUUUGUGCUUAGAAUCUUGGAUGUCUACAUCAGCUGUAUUUGCUUCCCAAUAUAUCUGGAUAGAAAGCAGAGAGAAGACAAAACACACGCUACUUCUGCUCACUUAAUGGGAAUUGAUCUCACCACAGCGUAACAGAAAUGUCUUCCUGCUAAAGUAUUCUCUGAGAAAAUUUGCAAUAGCUCUUCUGGUGAGAUAAUGUUAAAUGUUUAAAACCUAUAACAAGAUCACAGUCCAGAAGAGGGCAAAACAGCAAGAAAGCACAAACUUAGACAAAAAUCUUUCCCUUGUAGUAUUUUUCCAACAUUAUAUGCUGGAUAGGGAAAUAAUGCAACAUGCAAGACCAGUGAAAAGAAACCUUGUGAUUAACAAGCAAUUUAGUUGACUUUUACUUUAAAUAAUUACUAAUUGAUAACCACAAGUGAUUAAAAUCAGAAGUUAGAAAAAUUACUAUGUGAUCAUUGUUGUUCUUUAAAAAGAAUGAAAAUGCAGAAUUGGAUGACGUUGAUACCUUAGUUCUGAUAGCAGUAAACCUUCAUUAUCCACGUUUGACUUUAUUAAUUUUGUUUUCAGCUUUCAUUUUUUAAAAAUACCAGUACCAAAUGUUAUCUAAGCAGUUAGAACUGUACAUUCCCAGCACCUUCUUAUUGCUUAGUGUAACAGUCCAAUUAAAUAUGUUACAACUAUUGUGUGUUGUCUGUGGCAGAUGUUUUGAUUUCAGGUUUGCCAGGAAAAUGCAAAAUGCUGUCAAUGUGGGUCAAGAAUAGUGGCUCUUUUCGUAGGCUUUCUAACAAUGAAAUGUCAUUACAUUUCAGAUUAGUAUUUUAAACCCUUGAAUGCUUCUUCAGUUGAGUGCAUAUGUGAGAAAGAAUGGAUUCAUUAAGGUGUAGUGAGAUAAAAUCUUUAUCAGCCUGGACUGGAGAUGACUUUAGUGGUAAAGCAACAAAUGAAUUAUGCAGAUCAACCUAAAUGAGUGCCAGUUACAACCUUUAUACCAUAUCACCAUGUAUUUCAUAUAUGCCACAAUGCAUACAACUAUUUUGGAAAUGUUUUAAUUAAUAUUAAAAAAUUAUAUCCAGGUUGGUUUUAUAUCGUUCCACGUCCAAAUGCUAGGUGACAUAAUUUCCAUAUGUCUAAAAGUGCAGGGCUCAGAUGGAGCCAUAAAACCUCUACAGACUACACUAAAUAGCUCAUCUACACAUAAAAUGUCACAAGUUUAAAGUCUACCAUCUCACAGCCCUGCAGGUCUUGAAAUGGGAGGUUUGUAACCCUGGCAAUGGGAGAUUCCAACUUCCCAAUUGGGCUGGGGCUUGGGGGAAGGGCAGCACUUCCUUGUAGCUCUAGAAGGUUUCAACAUCAUUUAAAGUAGCAUUUUAAGUAUAGAAUAUGGAUCAUUCCCCUGAGUCUUGGGCAGGUGCAACUAUUGGGGGAAAAAGAAGGAAAUAUUUCUAUGGCAGGCUGACUUUUAUUUUAACUGGUUACUGUCUGAGGCCUCCCAAGGGGUUGAUAUGUUAGAAUGACUCCUCAGGAAAUGAUUAGCGAGUAAAGUAGAAGAGGCAGUCUGAGGUGAUAAACUGCACAACCAUAAAGAAAGAUUAAUCUGUCGGAUCUUCACAUAUGUGAUGUAUGUGUAAACAUAUGGCACAGUUAAGAGUGAAUGUAUUCCCUGAAUGGCUUGUGGUUUUAUUAGACACUAAACAUUUAUAUUUGAUUUUCAAAGGCAUUGAGCACGCACAUAACUUAGUGAAAGCAAGAGGGAGGGCAACGUUUUUGAAAAAUCAGACCCCUGGAUUAUACUGAAAGAACUGCCAUACUUUGUGGGUCAAAUCCAGUGAGUAAAGGAACUAUUUUCCUACUAGAUGGCCCAUUCCAACUCAAGAGCAAAGGCAUUUUACAAAUCUAAAAGAGAUGCUUUGUUUUUCUCUUUUAGACCAAGCUCAGUUCCAGCUAUGAUGGUUUUUUAAAAAAAAAUUCUAGGAGUAUAAAUGUCUUGCUACUUUAAAGAUGAGGAGCCAAGUCCUUCACUGUCCAAUAGUUUAUCCUUACUGUGAAGUUGCAUUUUGUUUCCAAUUUGCGUUUUUCCUAACUUCAGCUUCCAGAUGGUGGAUCUUGUUAUACCGCAAUCUGUGUAGGUUAAGGCUACCUAAUAUCAGACAUCUUUUUUUCUGUGUAAAUACUUGGACUAUGAUUAAGUUUCCUCUUAACGUUCUCUUUGAUAACCUAAAUAGAUUAAAUCCCUUUAGUCUCUCACUGCAAUGCAGAUUUUCCAGGUCAAAGUAUUUUUGUAUCUUUUAUUAGAAUCCUCACUGAUUUAUUCAUCUUCUUUUUGAAGUCUGGAUGCCAGGACUGGAUACAGUAGCCCAGUUAUGGGCUUACUAAUGCUGUAUGCGUAGGUAAUAACACUUCCCAUCUCCAAUUUAGUAUUAUCUUGUCUAAACAUCCAAGAGUUGCAUUAGCUCUCCUAGUCCUGUUCAGAUCUCAUGUUCAGUUGGUUGCCCCCUAUAACUUUAAGUCUUUUUCAGAGUCGCUGCUUUCCAGAAUACAGUCCCCCAUCCUGUAAGUGUGACUUGCUUUCGUUGUUCCUGAAUAUGUGACAACCAUGCUUGGUUGUAUUAAAACACAUCAUUUGGUUGCACCCGGCUUACCAAGUGAUCCUGAUUGCUGUGGAUGAGUGACCUGUCCUUGUCCUUUUUUCUCAUUCCACCAACCUUUUUGUCAUCUGCUUCUCUAGCUCCACAACUUGGUGUCAGGCCUGUAAUUAGUUGCAGAAAACUACGAGCUACAGCACAGAUGUGCCACCACAGAGUAUCAUCUGAGUAAGACGUUCAGCACUUUUAACCAUGGCACAAGAGACAUUUUCUUUUUAAGAAGGGGGAAUGCUAGAAGAAAAUGCAAAGCACUAAAUCUGAUUUUAUGGCACAGCUGCAAAUAUGUUUUUAUAAAGAAUGUUGUAGAACAAUUUCAGUGUGGAGCAUGUAAGCCGGGAUUGCAAUGGUUUGAUGCAUCCUUGUAAAACACUUGUUACAGUUAUGUGUGAUGCUUGCUGCAUAGAAUAAUUUACAUAAGUCAGUAGUGAUUUGCGUUCACACCAACUGAAAUUCACUAGGAGUUCAGGGCCUAGCUCCCUUAGGCUUUUUUGAAAACCUCAACUGUAAGGAGUAACCUCUUUUUCAUACACAUCGAGCUCCUAAAACAACCCUAUGUACUGUGCCUGCUGAGCAGAUUGUAUUUGGUAAAGCAACACAGAGAGGGAGGGAGCUUUCCCUUAGAGCAGUGGUUUUCAACCUUUUUUUCAUUUGCAGACUCCUAAAAAAUUUUGAAUGGAGAUGCAAACCCCUUUGAAAGUCUUAGAGAGAGUCUGAAGACCCCAGUUUGUAAACCACUGCCUUAGAGCUAUGAGAGGAAAGGGACUCUGACUUUGGUGUGUUUUUUUGUUUGUUUAAGAAUAUUAAAAGCCUGUUCCAGAAGGAAAUUAUCUGUGGCUUUUUGGACUGUAUUGUCCAUAAUGCUGUAUGUUCUCUGGAACAGGCACUGCCUUGCAUUCCCUCUCAGCAUGAUGCAUAGCUCAGUGGGGCACCUCCUUUGGGGUUCCUAAGUGUCAUGUAAUACAAAUAAUAACUAUCGAGUCCAAGGAGGCCAUAAAUACCAGUGGGCAAAAAGGAAACCCAUAAAUUCCAGAGCAGAGCUUCUCCAGCAGAGUUUAAGUAAACAAGCUCACUGCAGCAGCUUUUGUUGUACCCCGCCAUUUCUUCUGCCUGCUGGGGCUCUGCAGCUCACAGAGUUACUAAAACGCCUGGCUCCAAGAGGUAACGCGCAUGGGGGACCCUCUCUGCAAGUAGUUUUAAUUAAAUAAGAAAUCCUUGUUGGCCCUGAGAUGAUCAUUGGUGCCAGCAAGGGUUCCUCUCCUGAGUGUAAAAGAAGGUGGUGGGCUCAGCACGCUCUAUGGAGGGCUCUUGUUGCUCCCUAAUUGUGCUUUAGCUUUUGGCAGAGCCCUUGGCCUGCUUUAUGAUUGGGCUCCAGAAGGAAGCAGUCAGCCAUGGACACCUCUUUAAGACCUUUCCUUCUCUGGGUCCCUGGAGGUCUACCCUUCACAUGCAUGGUGUAUCUCUUUCUCAAGCCACAAAAUUCCCCAGAGCCCAAAAGCUCUAUGGCACAGUCAGGUAUGGUAGUGUCACAGACUUUUCCCUGAGAAGGGAAGGUCACAGGCAGCUUCAGUUCCAGCAUUGUGAGGCCAUUGCCACAGAAGAGUGUUGCUACUGACCAGCCUUUGUGGCUGCAUAGCCUGGCAAAGCCUCUGAGGCACCAGGAGCUGCUGACAGUUUGAAGUCAGAGGUGAGGGACUGAAUUACAUUUGGCUUAGAGGAGAGAGUUUUCUGAGCCUUGCUUCUCUUAAAUAAACUCUUAUUUCUAGAUUUAGUUUGUUUGCAUUUUUUUUGUUUUAAAAUACAGCAGGCCGGUACUAUUGUUUGAAACCCAUGUAUAGGAAUAAGUGGGUUAUGUUACAGUUCAAUUAAUUGAGUCUUAAUUGGCAUGACAAGUUAUGUGAGCAUUGCCAAACUAUAAGAAAAAAGACAUUUACAUUUAUCUGUACUAGUAAGAAGUGAUGAUACCAGUAUACUGUAUGUUUUUCAUAACCCCUCGCCUCCAGAUUACUUUCUCAGAAAGAGUGGUUGAUCUUUUAUGUAUUUAAAUGGCUGGUAUUCUAGCUGUUAACUCAUACUAUAUACACUUGUUUCUGUCCAAUCUUGACUACUGAUGUUUAGAUUCUUGCCUCAGAUGGUUUUAGACCUUUUACUUUGACAAAAGUGAUUACAGGGAACAAUAAAGUAAGCAUUAAGAACUGAAGUGAAAUACAUUUUGGUCCACAGUGAUGUUCACACACCAUUUAUUUGCAGAAUAUCUGAUAAAAGUGAUUUCCUGGUAGGAUGCUGUAUUCUUCAACCCGCUUCCAAAAAUGUGUAAAAUGCAGUAGUCCUAGAGAUCGUCCAUGCGAUUACAUGGGGGUAUCACAGUUGUUUUGGAUGUUGGCUUUUGUCACACUGUCUUCAUGUUGUUUAAUUCCUCACUUUCUCACAGCUAUAUAGUAUGAAGUGCUAGAAGCUUAAAGAAAAUAACUGCUUAUCAAAAAACAUAUUAGCUAUGCUUUCCUUUGUAGAAAUGAAGAGCUAAUGCUAAGGAUUUCAUUAAGAUUGCAUUCAUAAACUUGUUGUUGCAUUAAUUGUCUUUUCACUGCUACAGUGGUCAAGAGACAAUGUACGUUUAAUGCCUGUUCAGAAAGCUGAAAAUAUAUAGGCUAACUGUAAGAUAGCGUGAAAAAGGAGACAGUCUGUAAUGUGACUCCUCUGCGAACUGCAUGUCAAAGCAUUUGUGAAGUUUGCUGCUGACAUUUGGCAGGCUUUCCAGGAAAACUUUCACUUGACUGUGAGUAUCGUGGUAGCAAAGACUUGUAAAUGUUCUGAAAGACUCUGUUUUUGUAAGUUGUGAUCAUUUCUUUCUGAAUUGGUUUGUGCUAAUGAAGUUUAUGAAGUGUACUUUAUUGUAAACUAGAAGAUGUCAGUUGCUUGCUUGUGUAUGUUCAUUGGAUGACCAGUGGCUUUGUGCAUCUCUAAAUGAUGAUGUAAUUUGGAGCACUUUUGGUGUGGCAUGUGCAAUUUCAGUGCUCUCUACUCUUUUGAUUUAGUCCCUAACUACCAUACAUGUUCUAACCAGGUUUUGGAUGCUGAACCAAACCAACUUUAAAGCUAGCACUUUAAGUAUUAGUAGUCAUUUUGCUUCUGACUAUAUGGAGCACUGCACUUUUAUAAGUACUAUUAGCACUGAGUUUCAAGCUAUUUGUUUUUCCUACUUUGUGUAGCCUAUAACAGGCUGUAUGUUUUAAAAUAUGUAGUGGCAAUCAAAAAAGAAUUUUAAGUGAACAUGACCACUGUCUGGCGCUUUACUUCAGUAAAUCAUUUGUUAGAAAUUAUAUAAAUUAAUGAAACAAAGCAGUCCAAACAUAUGUAAUGUAACUUCUAUGUAUUGUUAUAAACUGAAUCAUUGAUGUCCAGGAAAAUGCGGUUGUCCUAAAUUUUGAGGCAAUUGAGUGCAUACCUUUUUAAAAACACCAAAGAUACAGGAGAAACCUUAUGGGGGAGAAGAACAGUGCAAGACCCUGUAUUUUAUACUUUGCAUUGCACAGACCACUGGCUGUGAAAUAAGAAAUAUAGUUAAAUAUAUGGCUAUGUACUCUUCCUUUUGGUACCACAAUUUUACCUUUGUGUCCACCAAGGAUAGACAGGAAAGCAAAUUAAAAACUAUUCCUAAGGUUUAUUAGAUAUCAUUGUCAGUGCAGACUGUGCUUAAGCCAUUGCAAUAAAAGCCAUUAGUGUGCCUCUAUUGGAAGUUCAACUUAGACUUAUUGUGGGCUUAAAACAAAAAAAGAUCUUUUUCAAAUGAAGGAACUACAGAAUAUUUGGAGGGUGGCAUAUUGGGCAGAAUGACUGUUGGGUUUGUUGAAUUUUUGGAGUGAAGUGCAUUGUGUCAGGAAGCCAGUUCUUGUUAAAUUUGUAUGGUAUCCAAAUAUGAAGAUUUUGAGACUAUCCUGGAAGAGACUGAUUGGAAAGACACUUCAUUGAAUUUGAUAUUUUGUCACUAUAUGCUAAACAUAAUGCUAAUUCUAUCUGAUUUUGAAAACAAAGUGAAACCCUUCAGAUGUAGGAUGUACAUAUUUAACAUCACAUGCUGUACCCUGUCAAGUCCUUGAUGAUGUUUAGCUUCUUUUAGAAGCGUUCAGAUUCUCGUCUAGUGAAGAAGAAAUUACCUGGUUGUGAAGGCAUUUAUGCUGUGGGUAUCUAAAUAUCACUACAGGACAUAUAUUUUUCCCAGUUUACUAGUUACGGGUCCAAUCAAUUCUUAUUUUGGCAAUACUCCUACUGAGAGUUCUUCUCAUGUGAAAUAUGCUAGAUAAGGCCCAAUGCUCACUGUAGUAAAUUGCAUGCUCAUUCUAAAGCGUGACAUGUAAAUGGGGUUUCAUGUAUCACUAUUAACUAGUUGACACAGAAGAAAUAACCUUGGAAGAGUAUAAGCCUGAUCAAAUCUGCUUGUCUGAAUAUGGUGUAUUAAAACUAAAAAGUAGAUACAUCAGUUACAUUUAUUUUGCUGCAGCAAUCAAGAUAUUUUUCUGAUUAAACCAUAGAUUUUAAUGAUUUCUUCCUCUCAGCUCUGAUUAGAGCUUUCUAUUGGAAUAGAACUCUAUAUUGUUUUGGUAUCUUGACUAAGUAUUGAAGUGAUUAAAAACAUUAAAUAUUCGUGGCCAAAUAGGAUUAUGCUUUUAUGUUCUAUAUUUUUAGUUGUGAUGCUAAAAUAAAGCACAGGUUUUUUUCAUAGCCCAAUUCACUCUGCAAGUCCAGGUUUAAAUCCAUAACAGUUGGAAGUGUUGGCAUGUCUUAGCAGUAAGGACCAUAGCUAGUUACAGGGUAACAUUUUCAAAAAGCACUUCCAUGACUCAGAACCCUAGAUACUAUUGACUUUCAAGGCAUUUGGACUCCUAAGUCACUUAGGUGCUUUUGAAAAUUGAAAGUUCUCCAUGAGCUAAACAGGCCGCAGUAUGCCCUUGACUCAGUUAGCUCAGGAUAUGGGGAGCAUGGAGCAGCUUAUCUCCAAAAUAGGAUUGUUGCCUCCCUUUACUUAACAUCUCCUCCUUCAAGACAUUGAAAGUAAACAAAGUUCUUUACUACAUGGCACACAUGACAAGCCCAAGUGUAAUUUAUAGCAAAGCACCUUUUUCACCAGAAGAAUAUUUCAAAAGGGAAAAAGUUCUUAAGUAUUUUUUUUUAAGAUAGUUAAAGAAUAAAUUGUAAUGGCACACAGGCAGUGUUUUAAUGUAAUUUAUCAGUGACUUUCUUUUUAACAACAUGUAAGGUCACUAUAAUUAUUUAGCAUUCUUUUAAAAUAUAUAUUGAAGUAAUUUCACAGCUGUAUACAUUAAUAGGAUGACAUUGAAAUGAGUCAAGUUUAUCAGAAACCUGUAUAUAGCAGGUAGUAAUUUAAAACUAUAGAUAUAUAUAGAUAUAUAUAUAUAUUCCCCAACAGUACUCUUUUUUCAGUAAAAUAUUAUUAACCAAAAGGUGUUUUAAAGUCAUGGCAUGAAAAAUCUUAAAUGUAAAUCUGAGUACAUUGUGAUGCUAAUUAACAGACUUUUCUGAAACUUAUGUGAUGCUUAAUAUUUUUCUUAAUUUUUUUGUUUAAUGUUAGAUCAUUGUUCUGAAGGAUCUUGGUCCUACUGGAAUUAAAAUAAUGGAAAUAAAAUGCAUGUGUUAAAAGUGUAGAAAUGGUGAAGAAUUAAAUGUGAACUUACUGUACGAUACUGAUUCUGUUUUCAAACAAUCUGUUUUGCUGUUCAAUAGUUGACAUAUAAAAAUGCAAAUGUACUGUAAUUUAGCACUUUUCCCAUUGGACCCUGUUCUCACUACGUCAGAGGUGUAAAGUGGUGUUGGUGUGGGACUUGGUUCAGGAGUUUACGUUUCUUGAUGUGUAUCCCCAUUUAUGAUGAUAUGUUGUGCAUCAAGAAUAGUAAACCUGUUAACUCUUUCUGUGUGUUUGUUAUACAGUAUCUUGCAGGAUGCCAGAAUUGACCUAAAUGCAACUAACAGUUCAGGGUCUCUUUACAUGAUCUGUUUCUAGAAAGACAUUUCAUUGCCAGCUAAGUUGGUGUGUGUCUGUCUCAAUAGUCAAACAGCUAGCUUUAGAGGAGUAAUGUGAAUUUGCCUUUAACCUCUUUUAUCCCCAAGUGUACCUGAUCAGAUGGGCAUGUCCACUAAAGCACUGAUUUACAUUUUCUGAGUCAAGACUAAGUUUAUCCCAACUCUCAUGGUUAUCAGAAUCCUCUAUACAAGUGCCACAAUAAAAUGGAAACUAAAGUGACCCACAUGCAAUUCACUUUUCAUUAAUCCUGCAGUGGUUACUAAUCCAUUUAAACUAGGUUUUCUGUCCUCCCCCACCUUUAUUGUUAGUAGCAGCAGUAGUGACCAUUAUGAGCUGGUAGUGCCCAAAGGCCCAUGUUUAGCCCUGGGGGCUGUCCAGAUGUAGAUAAGGGGCAGGGAUAGAGCACACGAGGGAAUGAACCUGGUGAAAAAUUGACACAGCUGUGUCAGUUAGAUAUUUUGUUUUAGGGUUUUAAUGGGGACAGAGUCGAAGUGAGAUAGUGUCAGGAAUACGGAGGUACAGGGGUGAGGUGGCAGACACAGCUCACCCUGGCUGGCCAGGCAAUGUCGACAUCACUGCACCGAGAAGAGUAAGGAAGCAGAUGUAGUGUGGAAGGAAUUGAUGUGGUCUGAGUGAUGAGUUGGGGCAGCAGCAUUCUUGAUGUAUGUGAGGGGUGCAAGGCAGAGGGAGUCGCAGCUGGAGGCUGAGGGUCUGAUCUCCGACAUGCUAUGUAGGAAGAUGCAGUAGGAUGUAGCCAUGGUCUGCAUGUGCAGGUCUGGAGAGAAGGCUGGGUCAGACCCCUGGUUAUGGGCCUGCAUGAGUGGGGGGAUGGUGAUCUCUGGGGUGACACAGGGAAAUGGGAAGGGACUUGAGGGAAAGAUCAAGGACCCAGCUUGAGGCAUGUUGGGUUUGCAAGGGCAACUGGAUAUUGCAGAACUGUCAUAGAUGGGCUGAGAUAUGGGGCUGGAUGGACGGUGAUGGUUUGUCAGUCAAGAGAUAGAUUUGUGAGCUGGGGGAGGAGGGAGGGUGUCAAGGUGGCAGCCAAAGCCAUGUUUGGGGUAAGAGCACCUCCAGGUAAGGGGUAGGCAGAGCAGAUAUCGCCAGAGGAGGAGGUGGUAGCAAAAAAGGGAGUGGAGGCCUGUUGUGCAGGCAAGAGGGAAAUGGGGACAAGAGUAAACAGUAGUGCCAGUGAGAGCAGUAGAGGAGAGAGCGCAGCCGGGGAGUGAGGGAGGGAGCAAGAAGAGAUGUGGAGGAGGACAGAUGAAGCGGAGGAGGAGCAAUAUAAGAAUAUGGCUGAGUGAGACCUAUUGGCCAGCAAGGAGGCAACAGUUGUAGAGUCCCUGACUCUUUAAGUCCUGGUUGCCCAAGGUUCCUGCAGGUUAGUAGGUGAUGUAGAAGGCAGUGCUGGCAGCAGGGUAAUUCAUGUGUUUGAACCUCAGGAAUAGGGGGCUAGUUACUUCCUACUACAGCUCUUGGCCCUGUAGAUCUGGCCUUAAGCCUGGCUCCCAGCUGCAGAGCAGGGCAGUCAUAUUCAUCCUAUACUGGGUAACAUCAAAAUGUUGAACCCCCACAUCAUGACCUCACAUUCAGACUGAGGCAGGAUAUCCCACCAUCCCAAGCUGCCCCACUCCAUAGCACUCUUAGCAGUGUAUCCACAGAUCCACUUGGAUGCACGUUGGGGCGCUCCCUCACCUUCCAUGUCAGUGUACUACUGCAAGGCCUAGAUUUCAGGAAGGCUAAAGCUAAUUGGGGUGGCUAUAGCUCUGUUUUAUUGGGUUAUUUUGUGGUUCUAACAUUUAAUUUGUGUAUCUUUAUAUUUGCAAAAUAUACGUUCGUUAUUUGCCCCUAUUGAAACACAAACCAACAAAUCUGGGCAUGCUUUCUGAGGCCAUGUAAAUAUCAGACCCUGAAUUUUGAAGGUAGGAAGAAGGUAAACUAACCCUCUCACACAAGACAUGUUUAAAUCUACAGCCUAUUCUAGUGUUAACAGGGUGCAAGGUUUUACUUGUCAUGUACUGUACCAAAAGGGUUCAUUGAUCAGUGACUGUAUUGUACUGUAUGAAAAAUCAUAAAUUGCCUUGUAUUGUUUAUAAUAGACUGUACCAUGUACCACACAAAUUUCCAUGUUCCAAGUUUUUUAAUGAUGCAUGUUGCCAGUUAGGUCCUAAAAUUAUGGUGGUGCUAAUUCUUCCAUAUCCAAUGGUGCUUUUGCGGAUGCUAACUGCACACAUGCUGAACAAAGCUUGAAGUUUAAAGUCUCUCUCGUCUGUUUGUAUGAAGUAAACACACUAAAUGAUAAACUUGAAUUUGUUUCAAAGUACCAUUGACAAUCUACUGUUUUCUAUGUGUGCUUUCUUUGGGUUCAGGAUUGUUUUUCCAGAAAGCAGCUCUGUUUCUAUAAAACACACUCUCCUGUAUUUCUACUUGGAGAUGGUUUAGCCAUGCUCCUACAUAGUUAUAGCAAGGCCAAGAAUCUAGGUUACUCCUCAGGUGUUUAAAACUGUUUGACCCUCAGCUGAUUUUCAAUCCACAUUCAUUUAUAUAUAUUUAUCCAUGCCAGGUAGGUCCUUAUAACAGCUACAGGAUAGCCAGGUGACCAGACAGUAAUAUAGCUCUCUCUGCCAUUUCUAGAUGUUUCAUUCCUUGUGCCAGUAGAGAAUGGGAAUUCUACAGAGGCUGCCCACUCAGCCCUGAAGGGAAGAAAGUACGCUGCAUCAUACAUCCUCUGGCCACUUCAGAAGCAGUGCUGACAGCUUGCUCCACUCUGCAGCUUGCAAGCAUGGUAUUCCCAAUACAGGGACCUUGCAUUGUGUAGGGUGAACACGGGCAACAUGGAGGAUUUGCCAAGACAUAUUAGAAAUUGUUGCUCAUUCCUUGUAGUAUGUGAGCACCUGUGUAGCUACGUUAGUACCAGCUUUGACCCAUAGAACACUGUCCAUAGUAUAAUGGAAAAGUGCAGUUAACAGAAAGGCUAGGUAGAUUUCUGCUAGCUCUAGAUGUUCACACUGGAGACCAUUGCUUGAGCAUAGUAUAUAGAAUCAAAUGAAUUUCCUCAGCUCUUGAAAAUUAGUUCCUCCAUUUCAUGGAUUAUUAGGAUGCAAGGUCUGUACCAGACACAGCUCCAUCAUAGCUGAACUGCAGAUGACAAGAGAAUUUAAUUUUUAGAGCUGAAUAGUCCUUGUUCUUUGUGAACAUGCAUUUUCCACAAAUAAGAAUUAGACGCAUCUGUCUAGCUUGUGAAAUUGGUGCCUAUCUGAGCACCCAUGUAGCUGUUUGUUCCAGUUUUGACUACUAGAAAGUGCUCAUUGUGUGCCGCCUCUUCUGUCAAAAUAAAGGCAGCGUCUGCAGUGAUAAUAGAUUUCUCCUUCUGAGUUUCUAGGGCAAGAAGCCAGGAAGGAAAAUGGUAAGUAGGCGACCUAGGCCUAGAAAGGAAUAGGUUUGCCUUUGACAGAACAUAGUGUAGAUUUGGUCAAUUCUAUAAGAAAACAAAGCAUUUCCAUAGCAUUUUUUCUGCAGUUGUUUGUUGGCCACAUGCAUUUUACACUACUGUAAAAUUAGUAGGAGCUGCAGGGAAAUCUCCAGAUUCCCCAUAGCGCUUUCAAAACUCCCUGCCAGCUGAGGAGCCAAUAUUCUGAUGAGUUAUUUGGCCUGUUAGCUUAAAAGAAAGGAAAAAAAGAGCUGCUUUUUUGGAGAAAAAAUCUGAAUCUAUUUUAUAUCUAUUUGAAAACAAAGUCUGAUAUUUACCCCUGUUAUCAAUUGAAUUUAUAUAUUGUUUGCCACAAUAUUUGUUUGUGUCUUAAAAUAAAUUUGCUUACUUGUGUAGUCUUAA